AUGUAUACACAUAUGAUGAGUGCCGGACAAAAUUUAUAUGAAGGGGAAAAUAUCCCCGUGGACGUACAGUGCAAAGAACAACCUGAGUGUGUGUUGGGUAGAUGCAGUGAUGGUGGUUCUAGAAAUAAAGUUAUGUCCAAAAAGAGAAGAAGUAUGAGAAGAAAGAGAAAAAGUAUGAGAAAAAAGGGAAUAAAAAUUAGUCGAAAAUAUAAGAAACAUAUGAUUCAAAAGAAGAGAGUGCAUAAGAGAAAACACAAAAAACGUAGCGCUGGUAGAAAAGGGGGUCGUCCUGGCAACGGCUUAUUGACAGGUGUUGAAAAUGCUGCGGAAACAACUCUCCUCCCAGCCUGUGUCAAUCAGAACAGAGGUCAGUGCAAUGUGAGUAGAACAAGUCCAACAAUCCAUGUGUGCGCACAAACUUCUUAUAGACAGAUUCGUACGCAAAAUGGGGUGCAGAAUGUUUAUCAAGUAAACGUUGAAAGUAAGGUACAUGUGGCAAUCCAAUAUAACGCUAGCGGUAGCCCACAGGUUUCUGGGCCUAUUCAACAAAGGGGCGACACCAAUGGGUUGAAUGCUAAUUCCUACGGGAGUCGCAACUCCGAAGAGAACUGUAGCUCACAACGGAAUAGCAGCACACAACGGAAUAGCAGCUCACAACCGAAUGGCAACACACAACGGAAUGGCAAGUCCUAA